AUGCUGUACUUCUUCGCCACUGUUCUCUGUGCAUUCGGCACACUCCUACUGCUGAACCGCACGCUCUCGAGGCUGCGCGUAAGUCCGGCGCGCACGUCGUACGACUACGAUGUCAUCAUUGUCGGUGGCAGCAUCGCAGGCCCGGUGAUGGCCAAGGUGCUGUCAGAUCAGGGCCGAAAAGUACUCAUGGUAGAGCGUACGCUGUUCACUAAGCCGGACCGCAUCGUUGGCGAGUUGCUGCAGCCUGGCGGUCUGAACGCGCUGAAGGAAGUUGGUAUGAAGGAAUGCGCCGAGUCUAUCGGCAUGCCCUGUCACGGCUACCUGGUGGUGGACUUGAAAGGUGAUCAGGUGGACCUGCCCUACCGCAAGGGUGCCAGUGGAGUGUCUUUCCACUUUGGCGACUUUGUGCAGGGGCUGCGCUCGUACGUCUUCCACAACUGCAAGAAGAAUGUCACGAUGAUCGAGGGCACCGUUAACGCGAUCUUGACGGAGGGCUUCUCCUUCAGCGAGCGUGCCUACGGCGUGGAGUACACGGUAGCGGAGAAGUAUGAGGUGCCAGCCAAUCCGUUCCGCGAGGACCCGCCCAAGGCCGACCCUAUGGUGCGGACAGUGCGCAGGGUUGCCACGGCACCACUGGUUGUCAUGUGCGAUGGCGGUAUGUCCAAGUGGAAGAGUCGCUACCAGCACUACACCCCCGCCUCUGCCAACCACUCCAACUUUGUCGGUCUCGUGCUCAAGAAGGUGCGUCUACCCAAGGAGCAGCGCGGUACGGUCUUCUUCGGCAAGACAGGCCCGAUCCUGUCUUACCGCCUGGACGACAGCGAACUGCGCAUAUUGGUGGACUACAACAAGCCCAUGCUGCCAAGCCUCGAGAAACAGAGCGAGUGGCUCAUCCAAGAUGUGGCGCCGCGCCUGCCAGAGCACAUGCGCGAGGAGUUCAUUCGCGUGUCGAAAGACACAAAGAGUCUGCGCAGCAUGCCUGUGGCGCUCUAUCCGCCCGCGUUCCCUUGCAUCAAGGGCUACGUGGGCAUCGGCGACCACGCCAACCAGCGGCACCCGCUGACGGGCGGCGGCAUGACGUGCUGUUUUCGUGAUGCGAUUCGCCUGGCAAACAGCUUGAAGGGCAUCCCAUCACUGCGCUCUGCCAACCAGGACGAGAUGGCCGCCAUUGAGGACACGGUGCAGUCCGCCAUUUUGAACUACGUACGCUUCCGCUAUACCCACAGCUGCUGCAUCAACCUGCUGUCGUGGGCUCUCUAUUCCGUCUUUAGCACUCCAGCUCUGCGCGACGCGUGCUUCGACUACUUUGUGUGCGGUGGGGAGUGCGUGUCGGGGCCGAUGGACCUGCUAGCCGGCCUCGACCCGAGCUUGGGCGCUCUCAUCUUCCACUACUACGGUGUGGUACUGUACAGCGUCGCUAACGUGAUAAUGGGGGUGGGUGUGCACAACGGCAGUGGCAAGCAGCUGUCCGACUUGGAGAAGCUGAUGAACGUCGCCUCCUUUUUUGUGGACUGGGAGCGCAUGAAACACGCCGCGUACCUGCUGGGCAAGUCGACGAAGAUCGCGCUACCGCUAGUGAAGAACGAGUUCUUCUCCAUGUGGCGCUUCGUCGAUCCCACAAGCCCACUGGCCAACAUCUCCAAGCGCAUCAAGAUGAUGAUCUACGCUAGGCAGCUCAACGGCAAGCAACGCAAACCUGUCGGUAUCUGA